UAUUGUAUUCAACAACUACAGAUUUAACAACUGUUUAUGAACAAAAAUGAAUUUCGAAAAUACCACUUCACACUAAAGAGCUGCGCAAGAAACUGUUUGCCCACUUGACUAUCGCUGUAAAGUUUCGCCGUACGCUUGAACAACUGUCACAUAUAUGCGCAUGGUUAAAUCGCCCGCCGGUUAAUCCGUCCCCGGAAAAUCGACGUUCUACUGUACCGACGUUCUACGUUCUACGGUAAUCGACUGUUCUACUCGGUCAGUCGCGUCACAAAACCACAAUAAAAAUGUUGCUUGGGAAUAUUUAUAUUCGCGUUAUUUUCGCUCACCUGGGUAUAUCAAUCUUGGCCGGUAAGCUGUCAAACAUCGAAACAAAAGCUUGACGGCUGGGUUGUUGGUGUUUUUUUUGCCAAUGGGAAGAAAACCCAUAACAAACGAGAGUUUGUGUUGUGCUCAACCGAUUCAGCCCUAGCUGGUGGACGCUGCGACAAAGCCACAAAACAUCUUCGUUCGUAAUACAACAGCUGUGCGGUGGUGGUGGUGCUACCUGUACAUACCCGCUUUGCCUACCAUGGCCGACGAGUAUCAGUAUGUGAGCAAGAGCAAGCUGAAGCUGAAGAACGAUUCCGACACGAAGAAAAAGCACAAGAAAAAGGACAAGAAAAAGGAAAAGGAGAAAGUGUUCCGGGCCGUGCUGGAAGACCCUGGCAAGGCCGAGGACCGUCACCAGCAGCAGCAGCAGGGACAGGGACAGGGGCAGACUAGCGCAGCCUCAGGACGGGUUCUGACGAAAGCGGAAGAAUCGUUUAAAAAGAUGCAGGAGAAGAUGCAAAACAAACGCAUCGUGGAGAAGGCACAGAUGACCCACAAGCAGCGGGUAGAAUUGUUCAACAUGCAUCUCGACAGCCUGACCGAACACUUUGACAUACCGAAGGUGUCCUGGACGAAGUAGAUUGGGCCAGCCAGAUCGGGAGGACUGCACUGUUGCGGUGCAAUUACGGAUUGGCCACAAAUACGCUGUACCGUGUGAUGAUGUGAAGAGAUUGUGUGUGUGUGUGUGAAUAAAAUAAAUCGUUCCAUAUCGACGCUGUGCAGUAGGCUACAGCUGCAGAAGCAUUGAAGCAUCAAAA